CAAUUCACAUUACGGGCUUUUCUCCUCAAUCGGAACGGGCUUUUCUCCUCAACCGGAACUGGAGAAACAUAUAUGAACAGAAACCUUCCCAACCGCUCUAAUGUCGAGCUGAAAGAAAGAGAUUUGGUACUCAGAGUGGGGUGGCUGUGUUUGUUGUGCCGCUCCAAGCAGAAACCGGAGAUCGAUCAUCUUCUUCAGCUCCUCACUGUAAGUGAUGAUGAGCAGAGUGGUUUCUGUUCUUAUUUCUGACCUUUGAGAAACACCAGGUUAGAUUCCAAGCUCUAUUAGGCAUAUAGGCAUGGUUUCCACUAUUGAUCGUUUGAGCUAGUUACCGAUUUUUGAACUGAGAGUGGAAAGGCGUCUCCUUUCUUUCUGAAUCAGCUGCUGGUUAGCAGAACAGAAAUUUUUGGAAAGUUUUCAGCCAAGCUCUUAUAUUGGCGAGCAUUUUCUCUUAAUUUGACUUGAUUGAAGCCGGGAAUCAUAAUGGUGGAAACCACAGAGACGCAAGAAAUAGAGAAAGGGGAGGACUUGGAGGAAAUCCAUGGGGCAUUGGAAACCAUGGAGGCUGAGAGGAUUCCUUCGUGGUCAACUCAUAUAACUCUUCGAGGUUUAACAGCAAGCCUCGCCAUUGGAAUUAUGUACAGUGUGAUUGUGAUGAAGUUGAAUCUAACCACCGGCCUUGUGCCCACCUUCAAUGUUUCCGCGGCCCUCCUUGCCUUUGUCUUCCUCCGUUCUUGGACGAAAAUACUUCACAAGGCUGGUUUCGCCGCAAAGCCCUUCACCAGGCAGGAGAAUACUGUGGUCCAGACUUGUGCUGUUGCUUGCUAUAGUAUAGCCGUCGGAGGAGGAUUUGGAUCUUAUCUGUUGGCACUGAAUAAGAAAACUUAUGAACAAGCUGGAAUGGAUACAGAGGGAAAUACGCCGGGGAGUUAUAAGGAGCCUGGUAUUGGUUGGAUGACUGGCUUUCUGUUUGCUGUUAGCUUUGUUGGGAUCUUGGCCUUGGUUCCUCUGAGAAAGAUCAUGAUUAUUGACUACAAGCUAACUUUUCCAAGCGGUACCGCAACUGCAGUUCUAAUCAAUGGCUUCCAUACUCCUCAAGGGGAUAAAAUGGCUAAGAAGCAAGUGCAAGGUUUUGCGAAAUAUUUCGCCAUCAGUUUCCUAUGGAGCUUUUUCCAGUGGUUUUUCUCAGGAGGAGAUGGGUGUGGCUUCUCACAAUUUCCUACUUUUGGCCUUAAUGCUUGGAAACAAACGUUUUUCUUUGAUUUCAGCCUCACUUAUGUUGGAGCUGGGAUGAUUUGUUCCUACCUAGUUAACAUAUCUCUUCUAAUUGGAGCUGUGCUUUCAUGGGGAGUAAUGUGGCCACUUAUUAGUGAUCUUAAAGGCAAGUGGUACCCCUCAGACAUACCAGAAAGCAGCAUGAAAAGCUUGCAGGGCUAUAAGGUUUUCAUCUCCAUUGCACUCAUUCUAGGAGAUGGCCUUUACAAUUUUCUCAAAAUUCUUGCCUUCGUAGCAAGAAGCAUGCAUGCUAGAUCAAGAAAUAAGAGCAUCAAGAAAGUGGCAGAUCAUAACAAUCAAUUUCUCGACGAUAUAUGGCGGAACGAGGUAUUCGUCAUGGGGAAUAUUCCUAUAUGGAUAGCUUACGCCGGUUAUGCAGUCUUCACUAUAGUUGCCCUCAUUUCCAUUCCCAAGAUGUUCCCAGAAGUGAAAUGGUACUAUGUCAUAUUCGCUUAUUUCCUCGCCCCGGCUCUUGGUUUCUGCAAUGCUUAUGGUGCAGGCCUUACUGACAUGAACAUGGCAUACAACUAUGGCAAAGUGGCUCUCUUCAUCCUUGCAUCUUUGGCAGGGAAGGACUCUGGAGUGAUUGCUGGUCUUGUAGGUUGUGGUCUGAUCAAAUCUGUAGUAUCUGUUUCUGCAGAUCUCAUGCAUGAUUUCAAGACAGGUCAUCUAACCCUUACAUCCCCAAGGUCAAUGCUCCUUUCACAGGCAAUUGGGACAUCCAUGGGCUGCAUUGUUGCUCCUGUGACGUUCUUCCUGUUCUACAAAGCAUUUGAUGUGGGAAAUCCACAAGGAAGCUUCAAGGCUCCUUAUGCUCUCAUCUAUCGAAACAUGGCAAUUUUGGGUGUUCAAGGCUUCUCUGCGCUUCCUCAACACUGUUUGCAGCUUUGUUAUGGUUUCUUUGGAUUUGCAGUGGUGGCCAACUUGAUGAGGGAUCUCUUCCCAACUAAGUAUGGACGGUGGGUUCCUCUUCCGAUGGCCAUGGCAGUGCCAUUCUUGGUUGGAGCUAGCUUCGCCGUCGAUAUGUGUGUUGGGAGUUUGAUAGUUUUUUUCUGGCAUCAGACUAAGAACCAUAAGGCUUCACUAUUGGUGCCGGCGGUCGCAUCGGGUUUGAUCUGUGGGGAUGGGCUAUGGGUUCUUCCUUCAUCGUUACUCGCUCUCGCAAAGAUCAAUCCUCCACUCUGCAUGAAGUUUUUGGCAACUUAAUUGAUUAGUGGAAUCAUGCAUUAGAAAGAAUUGGAGAGUAUUCUGAAAAGUGAACCAAUAUGUAGAUGGUAUAAGGAGUAACUAAGUGAGAUCUCUGGAGAAAUAACUAAUGAAUGAAAGUUUGGAGGACUCCAUAAUUCGACCUUGAAAUCUGAAUAUGGUACUUAAGAAGAUUCAUGGAGAGUAUCAAGAUAAUAUAAACAAAGUGAAUGAUAGUGCAGUAUGUAAAUUUAUAUUUACAAGCCCUCUCAAGCUGGGAAGAACAAUGCAGAUUGUGCUCUAGCUCUACUGAGUGACUGUGUCCGGUUUUCUGCCAAGACGCUAGUUCUUCAAGGUUAUGAAGGAAUAAAACAAACUCAGGAAGAUAUUCUCAGAGAAAUUUAGCUCUGAUAGAAACGUAACGUUCUCUUGUACUACAACAUUAGUUUUUUUUUUAUUGUAAGAUAUAUCGUUUUUUAUAAAAAUAUAUCAUCUAAGCAUGAUAUCAUAUCUCUUUUGGCCUUUUAUAAACAAAUCUGUAAGAAGGGAAUUUUUUGUAAUUCAGCUUUUUA